AUGGCGCAACGUAUGAUGCCGGGUGCAGAACGAGCGGCCGCUCGCGCCGCCGACAAGCGUUUAAGGUCCCGGGUUGCGCAUCUGCGGAUUCAGACCAUAGCACACUACGCGAGGCCGGGUCCGGGUGAUGCUAACCGUCAGUGGGCUAUCAUUGACGAGCAAUUGGUAGAUCUGAGGGCAAGAGAUCCGUUAUAUCGCCGAGCCUUUUACCGGCUGAUUAUCCAGCUUGAUAGCGAGUUGUUUGGGGACACGAUGUACUGCGAUAUGGACUUAGAUCGCAUUCGAAUCCCCAAUCAAGAGGAGGUUGAAGCGCAAAUGGCCUUGAUGGCACAAGGCUGA